AUGGCGGCUGAGGAGAGCGGCUUCGAUGCUGUGUUCGUUGAAACUGUCGCUGAUAGGUUUUUGUGCCCCAUUUGUUUUCUAGUUUUACGAGAACCGAAACUCACAGAUUGUGGCCAUCACUUUUGUGCAAAUUGUUUUGCAGACUUGCCGCUAGAACUAGAAUCAGCGGUACCUGCACGGGUCGAGUUCUACACUUCUUGCCCUUCGUGUAGGGCGUGGCUGACGGAAUCUAACAUUUUUUCCAACAAUGCGCUGAAGCGAGAGAUACUGGAUUUGAAGAUCAAAUGUGAUCAACAUGAGAAAGGUUGUAAAUGGGUUGGGGAGUUGAGAUACAGAGAGACUCAUGAGAACGAAUGUGAAUAUGUUGAAGAAACGUGUGAAAACAAGUGCGGAGAAAUGGUGAUACGAAAGGAAAUGAAAAAUCACAAGGAAAUACUGUGUGGAAGGAGAGUCACUAGUUGUGAUUAUUGCAGUGUCACAAUGGAAUGGAGGGAUCUUACAGCUCAUUAUCUGAUAUGUCUUCUGCAUCCUGUUUUCUGCAUCUAUUUGUGUGGGCAAACAUUGGCAAGGGGUCAGAUGAAAGAUCAUACUGGCAGGCAAGGAAAUUGUCCAAACAGUAUUCUUAGUUGUGAUUUUAGUGAUAAUGGGUGUCAGUUUGAAGGAAAACGUCAUGAACUGUUAGUGCACAUUGAAAGUAACACAGCUAACCAUCUUAGUCUGAUUGCCAAGGAACUAAGAACAACCAAAUUAGAGUUGGAGAAUACUAAACAGAAGUUGGAGAAAAGUGAACAGAAGUUGGAGAAUACUGAACAGAAGUUGGAGAAAAUUGAACAGAACUUGGAGAAAACUGAACAGAAGUUGGAGAAAACUGAACAGAAGUUGGAGAAAACUGAACAGAAGUUGGAGAAUACUGAACAGAAGUUGGAGAAAACUGAACAGAAGUUGGAGACUACUAGUACUGAACAGAAAUUGGCAGGCACAGAAAGUAGACUGUCAGAGGUGGAAUCACAGUUGUGUGAAGAAUUGAUCAGAAGGAAAUAUUCUCUUCCACCUGUUUUAACUUCUAGCAAGUUUGUGCACAAAUGGAGAAUAGAGAACUGGUCUGAGAAAGUCAUACAAGCAAAAUUAGAAAAACCAGGUGAAAAUAGGAUUAUGAGCAGUUCAUUCUACGUAUACCCUGGGUAUCAUCUGUAUCUUGGAGUCUUUCCAGUUGAGGCUAUUGAUGACGAUACUUCUGAGAACUAUGUUGGUGUUUAUCUGUUUCCAAGUCGUGGAGACUUUGAUAAGAGGCUUGUUUGGCCUUUUCCAUUAUCAUUUGAUCUUGCAAUUAUUGAUCAACAACUAGCAGGAGAUAAUGUUGCUAUUUUGUUUUCACCUCCCUACGAGGAUGCAUUGAAUCCUAAAAUGGGAACCAGGAGAUUGGGUAAGGCAAGGUUUGUCUCUCACAAACGUUUAGAGUCUCGUCACUACAUUAAGGACGACUCUAUUAUUUGUAAACUGACUAUUCAUAUGAAGAAUUAG